UGGUUGGAGCUCAUCAUCUGACAACGCGUUGACGUCAUCUUGGUGCAGUCGCUUUAUCAUAGACUCGAAUCUGAUAAAAUUUGUUGACUCGAUUGAUAAAUCUCUAUAGUAAUGCAAUUUGGCAUUAACAGGUUAGAUUUACUAGACCAGCCUGUUGCAGCAACAAACGAAAACGCCCACGCGAGUGUUUGUUCAUACAGUGGGGUGACUCCUAUAGCGACGAAUAUACUCGUAGACGAAUAAACGUUAUGUGACGCUGGUUUUGUUGAAAACUGCAGAAAAUAAAAAAUCUCGCCUUAAUGGCGUUGAAAAUGCAUCGCGAGGUGCGAGCGAUUCGGUCGAGUUUAUUGUAAUGUUUGCCAAACUAAUGGAAGUGAAGUGGAAAAUGCAGGGGAAUCAAUGUGAUUGAUAACUGUUUGCAAGAUGGAAUUAAAGGUGUGGGUCGAGGGUAUACAGCGCAUUGUUUGUGGUGUUACCGAGACCACAACUUGCCAGGAUGUGGUUUAUGCACUUGCGCAAGCAACUGGCCAAACGGGUAGAUUUACUUUAAUUGAACGUUGGAGAACUAAUGAACGACUACUUGCGCCAUAUGAAAAUCCUUUAAAGAUACUAAUGAAAUGGGGAGAAUAUGCUUCUGAAGUGCAGUUAAUACUUCGGAAGUCAACACCUGAAGGAAACAAAAAUACAGCUGCAGGCAAUCCCCGAUCUGUACAUACGAAUCAUACGAAUGGAAUGCAAAAUCCUUUGGCAGAACAUUCGUUGAAUAAUAGUUUACUUGAAAAUGUUAAAGGAAGCCCUACUAUGGGAGCAGACUUUGAUGAUCUUAGCUCAGAAAGAAAUCGUGAUAUUAGGAAAUCAUUGACUUUUAGUGGACUUCAUGGAAAUUUGUCAGAAAUAAGCCCAGAGGUUCAAAUGGAAAACGUUGCCAUAGUUCAACCAACACCACAACAAAAGUCAAAAGAAUUCGGGGGAAGAAAAACUUCUCAAAGACUAGCACAAUCUCCUACUAGAGCUACUAAUAAUGAAGCUGGAAACAUUUAUUCGUCUCAAAAAAAAGUACGCGAAGUGCCUCCUUAUCGAGAUCCUCCUGGUCCAGUUUCACCACCACAAAGAACUCUUCCGCCAUAUAGAGAUCCGCCACCUCCUAAUCUAAACAGUCCUGGAAGGUCGCAAUAUCAACCUAAUACAAGUGGCAGUCCACAUCUUUAUAAAGAACAGUCUUCACCCAGCAAUAGUGCAACAAAAACAAAAAGAAAUCUCAUACAGGAGUUUCAAGAACCAAAAGGUCAGAAUCAGGCAGUGAAUCAAAUUUCAGGACAAGGUCAAAAUAUGGUAACAGUGGCAUAUACUCAAAGAUACGUGGAGCUCAUCAGACUAGUCAAUAGGCAAAGGGAUACUAUUAAUGCCCAACAAGCAGAUCUAACAAAAUAUGAUGCUGAAAUUCUAUAUUGGGAAUCUAAAAAUAGAGAACAAAUGCAUCAAAUGGACUUUAUAUCCCAAGAAGUUAAUAGAAUUGAAUCAACUAAUAGAGCAAUUGAAGAUCAGUUAAAAGAAUUAUCACACGUAGAGGAAGAAAGCGAAAUUGUAAAACAACAAGAAAAAACUUUAAAAUCGGAGAUAACACUUUUACGAUCCAAACUAGCUAAUUGCGAAACCGAAUUACUUCAAUGUAAAAAUAAAAUUAGACUUGUUAUGGCAGAAUUAGUAAAAGAACAACAUAACAUAAAUCGUGAGGCUGAUGAGCACCAAAUGAUGGAAAGAAAGAUUAUAGGAGAAGUUGAACAUCUUCAAAAUGAAGUGGAGCAAGCUAAACGCUCUGCUGAUAUGGCGAACCAAUGCGCCGAAUCUUUAAAGCUGGAAGUUGUAAGUUUAGAAGCUGCCAUUGUAGAAAAGAAACUACAGGUUGAAAGACUUGUAGCAGACAUGAAAGAAGCAAAUUUACAAAGUUUAACUGUUGCUUGCCAAGAUGAACAGGUUAAACAUUUGCUUGAAGAUUGUUUUUAUUUCAGGAGCUCACAAGCCUGGGAGUACAAGAAAAAUGAUAGGUUCUCCAAGGCAAUUAGAAACUGCGGUGCCUACAAGUAAAAAUCCACAUGGCGUAUGGGUUUGAAUAAAAAGCGGAAAUGAUCUCUAUAAAUUUAUAAAUAUAUAUUAUUAUAUAGAAAAAAACAUAGUUAUCUAAAUACUUAAUCUGUUGAGUCACAAAACAAACAAUCAACAAUGUACGUUAAAGAUCAAGUCAAAUUAGCUUACGAUUUUUUAAUUUUAAAGAACCUAUUUUUAUUUUAUACAUGGUUGAUACCUAUACCCGUAGUAUUACUUGAUUUUUAAAGUAAAUUUUUAAGUAAGCACGCACUGCCAUAAAGUGUUAUCAUUAUAAUAUAUUUUAAUUGAAAACCAUAUUUAUAGGCGUUGCUAAAAUUAUCGCUUAAGCAUCGCUGUAGCCAUUUUGGCCAUUGACCAUAAUUUGUUGUAAUUAAAACAAUUUAUCUUUAUAUACUUUCUUAUUAUUAAUGCUCGUUUGCCAAAGUGUAUUCAAUUUAUGUAAAUUAUCUCACUAUCUAAAGCACAUAUCUUGUCAUAAUUAUUCACUGUUCAAAAAUAUGAAUUUUGAAAUAAAACUAUGUCACAUUUCAACCUUUCUUUGAUUUGAAUGUUGACGAAAUAACGAAUAA